AAUGUUUGUCGCUGUGACUAGUAUGAGCAUUUUCUUACCGCAAACUGGAACGUCAAAAGCAGUCUUCGCAGGCAAAGUCCCAAGACAAUCAGACCUGCCAGUGGCGUCUCAUCGAUGUCCGGCACGAGCUUAUUUUUGGCUCCAGCACAUCACAGGCAAGUGGACGUCCUGACAGCACCGACAGUGACAUGCGAAACCAAAUGCUUUUGACGCUACAAGUCUUCGCAUGCGAUAAACUAUGUAAAGCACUCGGACUGGCAGUUUCACCGCGGAUCUGUUGUCAAUAUCGGAAGCCAUCAUCGGACGCCCUCUAACUACGCCAGCCCUUCGGUCAUCAACAUUCGUCAUGAAUUGCAGAUCACUAGUUAAGUCGACAUAGGUUUCCUGGGUAUAUAAGUCCAUGCAUCCCAGCUACCCAACUCUCAAUCUCUCAGCUCGAAGACUUUCAAGUCUGUAUAUCCUUUGCUUGUCCGGGGUGACUUCCCAGUGCCGGACUUGUGUGAUUGGAUUGCGGAGAAUAGUCCUGAGCAUCCGUUCUUCGUCUAUCAUGACAACCUGGACAACACUCUCCAUCACAUUUUAUGGCGGGAAGUAAACAAAGGCUUUAACCGUGCUGCACACUACUUCGUCAAACGUGUAGGUCCCAUGAGCAAUCAGUCUGCAUCGCCGCCUGUAGUUGCCAUACUCGCCUCGACAGACUCGAUCACAUAUUUUUCGUCAAUGAUGGGUGUCGUCCGUGCUGGCUUCACCGCCUUCUUGAUUUCCCCUCGGAAUGGACCAGACGCGGUUGCCCAUUUAAUACGAAAGACUCAAAGUCAGGUUCUCUUCACGAGUAGUGAGGCCGGGAUCCAGACACUCGCGAAGAAAGCCAUCGCGCUUCUUUCUAAUUCCACGGAGGAACCGUUGACAAUUCCGCAGUACCCCAUGCCUGUUUUCGAAGACCUUUAUUCGUCAGGAGGCGACCCAUCGCUUGACACUUUCCCGAAGCAAAUAUAUGACUUGGAUGCUCCUGCCUAUAUCCUUCAUUCCUCGGGUACUACGGCCUUCCCGAAACCUAUCGUAUGGACACAUAAGCACUUGCUCUUAUGCUGCCAAACACCCUAUUACGGAGAAGUGGAUUUUACUGGACGAAUCCUGGGUACCCAUGGUCUACCAAUGUACCACGGUAUGGGGUUGUUGACGACGAUGACUAUAGCUAUUCCAUGCGGGGCCACUGUAUCUAUGCUCAAGCCUCAAGCGCCAGCUUUAGUGGCCACCCCGGAUAAUGUCUUUGAGUGCUCGUUCAAAACGAGGAACGAUCUGGUAGUUGCUGUGCCGUCUUUCGUUGAGGACUGGGUUCGGGACCCCGAGAAAGUUGCUUUCUUGAAGACCAUGAAGGGUAUAAUGUUUGGAGGUGGCCCCCUCUCCCAAGCAGUUGGUGACUAUCUGGCAGAUGCAGGCGUGAAGGUCAUCAAUUGCUAUGGCCUGUCAUAUCUUUAUAGUGCCUUUGGUGUGAUUUGUUCUAACAUGCUUCGCCAUAGCACUGAAACCGGAGCAUUGAGUCUCUUCAUUCCGGCUGAUGUUGGCAAGACGUGGGACUACAUGCGACCAAAUCCUCAAGCAAACACCGUUUUUGUUCCCCGCGAAGAAGGAAAGUUCGAGCUUGUUGCAUUCGCGGACGAGGGAUGGACUCCGAUGGUUACCAAUGCUGAGCUAGAUGGUCGCCCAGCCUACGCCACGAGCGAUCUCUUCAUGCUUCAUGCUACUAAACCGGGCUAUUGGAAGAUCUUCGCGAGGACGGAUGAGCAGAUCAUGCUUUCAACGGGUGAAAAGACGAACCCUGUACCACUUGAGAAGAUCUUGUUGGAGGACCCUCAUAUUAAAGGCGCUAUCAUGUUCGGUCGUGGGCGUCCCCAUAGCGGCGUGCUGAUUGAGCCCAAAGAUGAAUAUAUAUUUGACCCGCAUGAUCACACCAAGCUAGCAAGAUUCAGAAACAUCAUUUGGCCCACCGUAGAACGUAUGAAUGCCUAUGCUCCCCAACAUUCUAGGUUGUUCAAAGAGAUGAUCGUUGUCACCUCCCCGUCCAAGCCGUUCCUUUACUCCGCUAAGGGUUCCACGCGAAGAGGGGUGAUUGUCAAUGACUAUGAAGCCGAAAUCAAUGCAUGCUAUGAUGAAGUGGAGAAGUCUGCUACCGUCGAUACUCCUACCUUGACUGGUCUCGACGCAGGCUCUCUCAGUACUUUCAUUCGGAAAGUUGUUACAGGCGUCAUGGCCCAGGAUGUCUCAGACGAUCUUGAUAUCUUCCAGACCGGAUGCGAUAGUUUGCAAGCCACAUGGAUUCGUAAUAAAAUCCUGAUGGCUAUCAAGACCCACGAUUUGAACGCCUCCCGGAAGCUCUCUCCCAACUUCGUCUAUCAAGCUCCAACCAUUGCUGGUCUCACUCAAUUGGUCCUCGACGUCCUCAAAGCCCCCGCGAAUGGAGACGCCGAUUCUACGGUCGCCCGCACCCGUGAACUGCAGGAUGCAGUCAGACGAUUCACGCAAUCUUUCCCUGCUCGACCAACAAACCUUCGUGAGCGAUCGGAGACCGGUGAUGUCAUUCUGCUCACCGGAACCACCGGUGGACUGGGAUGCAACAUGUUGGCCCAUCUCACUAACGAUCCAACUGUGCGCAAGAUCUAUGCUUUCAACCGGUCUUCUGAGAAUGCUGUAGCACGUCAAGUAAACGCAUUCAUUAAGCAGGGUGUGCUCGUGGAUUGCUUGCGAUGCCCUAAGUUCAGUCUUGUGGAAGGCGACUUGAGCAGACCAUUGUUUGGUCUUGAUGCUGCGCUUUAUGAAGAGAUGCGGGAUUCGAUCACGCAUAUCAUUCAUAAUGCUUGGCCUGUUGACUUCAAUUUGAACCUGAUUUCUUUCGAGAAGCAUCUGCAAGGAACCCGCAACUUGGUCGACUUCGCUCUAUCGUCUCCGUUCAUUGACGCUCCGCGAUUGAUGUUCAUUAGCAGUAUAGGGAUCUUCAGAAAGCCGAAGUCAAGAGACACUGCUCUUGAAGAGCUCAUUGACGACCCCUCUGUACCUCUUGGACAAGGUUACGCAGAAUCCAAGUGGGUUUGCGAACAUAUUUUGAAUGAGGCAACAAGAAACACUGGUUUGCACACCGUUGUUGUUCGGGUUGGUCAACUUGCGGGGAACCGUGUCGGCUACUGGAACGAGAGGGAGUGGUUCCCUUCGAUAGUCAAGUCAGGUCUCUUUGUUGAAUGCCUUCCCGAUGUACCAGAGGCUGGUCUUGUCUCUUGGUUGCCAUUGUAUGAUGCUGGAGAAGCAACCGCUCAAAUGCGUCAUAGCCAAUACCCGGUUCUCCAUCUCGUGAAUCCCAGACCGAACCCUUGGCGUACAUUCCUCGAGCCUAUCGCCAAUGAAUUGGGUGUACCCCUCGUGCCUUACCACAUUUGGUUGUCCAAGUUGGAGGACAGUUUGAAGGACACGAGUCUGUCUGAGGUGGAGCAUCUUCAGCGGAAUCCAGCGUUGCGCCUGCUCGAGAUGUUCCAGCAUGCCGAUCUCGGCGAGGAUUUUGAGCCCCCGGGUAUCGUCAAGUUGGAUAGCUCCAAAUCUACGUCAGUCGCUCCUUCGCUGACUCAAGUUGAGAUGUCCAGGCAGAUGGCGAAGGAGUGGGUAGCUGCUUGGAGGGCGUCGGGAUUCCUACCUUCGACUGUGUAAAAGGACAGCUGUAAGGCUUUAUUAUAGUCCUGUUGCCGCACGGACGGUCUGUACUAUUAGCACCAGCUCUUUACAUAUAUUGUAUCAUCGUAUCUUUACUUUUGGUCUUCGGCCGCAACUUUGCUUGAGGGCAAUGUGACUUAUCCAGAUCUGUAUUCUCGCCGACGUAUGCCGGAAAGUGACGCAGUCAUACCUACGGGUUCAUUGAUGAUGCGUCCGUUCACCUGCUAAAUGUUUAUAUGAUCGUUUCAGUUUCUAAGACGAAACAGCUCCUGAAAUACUCUGGAUGCCGCGGACAAGACGCCGACGGGCUUCAAGUUAGUGCUAAGCAUAGAGAUGAGUGAUCAUAAACUGAGCAGAUAAAC